AUGGAGACAUACGCUCCCAAACUCAGCAAAACUCUGUUGACACCUGAUCCACAUUAUAUUCCGGGGUAUUCAGGGUAUUGCCCACAGCUCAAGUUUAACAUGGGGAAAACUUACAGCCAGCACACGGCCGAGCUGCUGAGCAGUCCUGAUGUGAAACACUCCAGUCGCCUGGUCCUCCACACAGGUGACUCUCCCUCCACCGACACAGCUGCUCUGACACUGAGAGGCAUCCCCGACAGUAACUUGAAGAAGGUGAUACCUGGAUACACAGGUUUCAUUCCAAGGAGUCAGAACUACUUUUCCUGCACCUUCUCUGACAUCUGCUUUAAAGCGCAGGCUGAGUUUCACCAGGACAGACAAGCGAGGAAACUGCGGCGAUCGACAGAGCUGCCGCUUGUGUUCAACUCCAGCAACCGACAGAUUGAAAGACCAAAACACCCCCUGACAGCGAUCUCCAACAAGGUGGUCUCCUUCACGCCUGUGACGUCCUUCACCCCCGUCACCAUUUCCCCGUAUUUAAUGGACGAUGAUAACCAGCACAAGUACUAUAUCUCAGGUUUUACUGGGCAUGUACCAAAGUCCCGUUUCCUGAUGGGUAAAGGUUACCCCAUCAUCACCAACGAGGCACUGAUCAAGUUUGGAAAGCAGCAGCGGAGUGACCCCACGUCCCCGGAGAUCCUGAGGAAGGACAGUAUAACACCCCCAAUGCCAACCAUCUACCAAUCAAAAAGUGGUGUGGUGCCAUCAUUCACAGGACACAUCCCGGGAAACAAGUUCAUGUUCGGACAUACCUUUGGUCAGAUUUCACGGGAAGCACUGGAAAGGAUCCGCAUCGAGAGGCUCCUUCGAGGAAAGUCCUAA